CGUGAAAUGGCAUUAACUGGAAAUUAUGAUACCUCUGGAGUUUAUUAUCAAGGUGUUGUUCAGCAAAUUCAUCGAUUACUUGCAAGCAUUGCAGAUGCCACAAGGAAAGCUAAAUGGCAACUUGUUCAACAUCAAAUUGUUCAAGAGUUUGAAAAAGUAAAGGCAACAUCAAAUACUUUGCAACUUUUUAAAGUUGAUACCAUUAGACCACUGAAAAGUCAACCGAAACAGCAAAAUCGAACAAGUGUACGAAAAUCUGUAACUACUGGAAAAAAAUCAGACACCAAAACAGUUGCUAAGAAAGAUGAUAGAAAAGCACCAAGAAAAGAUGAUAUAAAUAAAGAGAAAUCUGAAACUGAAAAGGUAGAUAUAGAAGUAGAAGAACGCAAAUUUGAGCCAUCUGGAAAUGAUAGAGAUUUAGUAGAUUUGUUAGAAAGAGAUAUUGUUCAAAAAAAUCCAAACAUUCAUUGGGAUGACAUAGCUGACCUACAUGAAGCGAAACGAUUAUUAGAAGAAGCUGUUGUUCUUCCAAUGUGGAUGCCAGAUUUCUUCAAAGGAAUUCGACGUCCUUGGAAAGGAGUACUUAUGGUUGGCCCACCAGGUACUGGAAAAACAAUGUUAGCAAAAGCAGUAGCCACUGAAUGUGGAACAACAUUUUUUAAUGUCUCAUCUUCUACACUAACUUCAAAAUAUAGGGGAGAAUCAGAAAAACUUGUUCGCCUUCUUUUUGAAAUGGCCAGAUUUUAUGCACCUAGCACAAUCUUCAUUGACGAAAUUGAUUCUCUAUGCUCUAGAAGAGGGUCUGAAUCUGAACACGAAGCUUCACGACGAGUAAAAUCUGAACUUCUGGUUCAAAUGGAUGGUAUAAGCUCAAAUAGCGAAGAUCCAAGUAAAGUUGUCAUGGUAUUAGCAGCAACAAACUUUCCAUGGGACAUUGAUGAAGCUCUUCGAAGACGGUUGGAGAAACGUAUUUACAUUCCAUUACCAAAUCAUGAAGGUAGAGAAGCAUUAUUGAAAAUUAAUUUACGUGAAGUAAAAGUAGAUUCAUCUGUAAACUUGGCAGAUAUUGCAAGAAAAUUAGAAGGUUAUUCUGGUGCUGAUAUUACAAAUGUUUGCAGAGAUGCGUCCAUGAUGUCCAUGCGGAAAAAAAUCGCAGGUUUAAAACCUGACCAAAUUAGACAACUACCAAAAGAAGAAUUAGAUUUACCUGUAUCAGCUGCAGAUUUUGAUGAAGCUGUUGAAAGAUGUAAUAAAAGUGUUUCUCAAGAAGAUUUGGAAAAAUAUGAAAAGUGGAUGAGUGAAUUUGGUUCAUCUUGA